CCUCACCCUUGGUCCAGGACCGCUGGGAGUCUGAGGACUCGGCGCGUCCUCUCCCGGCCUGCCCUCCUCACUCUCCCGCCGGACAUGCCGUUCGUAGAGCUGGACACGAACCUGCCCGCCGACCGCGUGCCCGCGGGGCUGGAGAAGCGGCUGUGCGCGGCCACCGCCGCCAUCCUGAGCAAACCCGAGGAACGCGUGAGCGUGACGGUGCGGCCGGGCCUGACCAUGGUGCUGGGCGGCUCCACGGAGCCCUGCGCGCAGCUGUGCGUCUCCUCCAUUGGCGUGGUGGGCACCGCCGAGCAGAACCGCGGCCACAGCGCGCGAUUCUUUGAGUUCCUCACCAAAGAGCUGGCCCUGGGCCAGGACAGGAUAUUCAUCCGCUUUUACCCCUUGGAGCCCUGGCAAAUUGGCAAGCAAGGGACGGUGAUGACAUUCCUAUGAUUGGCACGCAGGGAUCCGGCACGCGUGCGAGUCAGCUGCCUGUUCCAGAUUUCCCAGGUUGGAUCACCCCCUCAGGCGGGCAGCCCUGUGACCCACCCUCAUGCUAAAUAAAUGAAGAGAGUUCCAUCA